CGCUUCAGCUCCGCUUUUGCGUCUUUCCAAGUUCACGAAAACACCCCCCCUUGGCCCAGUUACGUCUUUGAUCGCCAAAAUAAGCGUCGAGAGCAAACCGCAAGCUCAACGCUUGGAGCCGUGGCCCAAUCCGAGCCUAGUGUUAUCAAUUGCUAGACCAUCGCCCGCCGAGAAACAACAAGGCUGCGAAAAGAUAGAGAUACAAGCCACGGCCCCGCCCUGGCUACGGAGAGCAGCACCUGGAAAAGGAACGGAACCGAAAGAUAACAUUCCACACACCCCCGACUCCCCAAAAAAAAAUAAACAACAAUGUCGACCACAUCCCCUCCCAAAUCCCCAACCUCGCCUACCCAGGCGGCGGCGGAUCGUCUGCACCGGCCGAUCCUGCAGUCAAUGCCCGACAACCGACAACAGUCCUUUGACGAGAUCUACGGCCCGCCCGAGAACUUUCUCGAGAUCGAGGUGCGCAACCCGCGCACCCACGGCAUCGGCCGCCACAUGUACACCGACUACGAGAUCGUCUGCCGGACCAACAUCCCGGCCUUCAAGCUGCGCCAGAGUACCGUCCAUCGCCGGUACUCGGACUUUGAGUACUUUCGCGACAUACUCGAGCGCGAGUCGGCCCGUGUCACCAUCCCGCCCCUGCCCGGCAAGGUCUUUACCAACCGCUUCAGCGACGACGUCAUCGAGGGCAGGAGGGCCGGGCUCGAGAAGUUUCUGAGGAUCGUCGUCGGCCACCCGUUGCUGCAGACCGGCAGCAAGGUGCUGGCUGCGUUUGUACAAGAUCCCAACUGGGAUCGCAACGCCUGGUGACUCGUCCGUUUUGCUCGGAGCUUCUCCUCGUCGUCCUCGGCGUUAGGGGGUGCCGUCCCACACUCGGGAGGCAGGGAUAGCCAUCACCAUCCUCACAGCUCGUCCCAGCCGUCGCCUCCAAAACAAAGAAGGCUACGAAAACAACCUCCGUGGGCGGAGACUCAGACGCUCAAAAGAAUUGUCACCAGUGAUGAUGAUGAGCGCUGAGGCCCCCCUGAAUUUUGAGAGAUUGGUUGUUCCGGGCAAUGUUUGUUGUUUUUGUCAUAUUGAAAAUAAGCGUCGUCUCUACAUUAUAAUGAUUUUACUGAUACUUCUGCUUCUCAUGUUUUUCUUCUGAAAAAUUGCCUAUCAAACAGGGCGUAACAGUACGCAUGUGAUUCAAGAUAUACCAGCUUUCGCCCUUUAAAACCCCCUUUAAAAUGACCCUUUUUCGUCUUGUUUCGCUGAAAGCACCUCUUUAUUGCAAUGAUUCUAAUCCUCAUACCCGUCCGUGGUGGAAAAUGGUUUUUUUUUCAAUUUUGCUUUUGUUUAUUUGUCGGCAGUCACCAAAAUACUACUAUAAACAACUGCCAAAGCCCGACUUGGAAACCUUGAUCCAAAUGCCAUGUCUAUUUAUGGACUUGACUUUUCUUAGCUGGCUAGCGGUAGCCAUGGUCUCAAUGCUGGGGCGGCUGCACACGGAUACCGGCUACAUACAGUCGUCGCCGGGCUCAGGGAGCUGCGCAUGGGUUAAGAGCUAGAUUAGGAAGGCUCAAAAGUCAGACCAGUUCAAGUUAAUUCUAGCAAAUAGAUUAUUCUUGUGUGUAUGGCCGGUAUCUGCGCAGGCGUCCUGUUCAGUCACCUACUAGGGAUAUUUAUUUUGGCAGUGUCAUGAAUAUCAGUGGUUCCCAUCG